AUGGUGGAUACGACUCGAAUGGAGGAACUCUUGAAGAGACCUCUCUAUGUGUACGACCUGCCGCAAGAACUUCUUGCGAGUCUAUCGGCCAAAACCACAGGACAGCCUGUCGCCGAAGAAGAAAUCGGACCCUCGUCGGAAGAGCUGGAGCAAGCGGCACAAGACUCAGCGAUCGCAACAUCCAACCUUUGCCCUCUUUGCAAAGUCUCGUACAACACCGUCCAAGAACAGCGCAGCCACGUCCGCUCAGAUCACCACCGAUACAAUGUCAAAUCUCAGCUGCGUGGGAAUGCACCUCUCGGAGAACUUGAGUUUUCAAAGGCAGUCGGGGAGCUAGACGAGUCGAUAUCUGGAUCCGAGUCCUCAGAGACCGAGGAAGAAGAUGGAAAUGGAGCUGCUGGAACUACCCUCUCAGCCUUGUUGAAGAAGCAGGCGAAGCUCUCCCACGGGGAUGAAGAAAGCUCUGCAAAUGUGCCAGGAACCCCGAAGAGCCCACUCCUGUGGUUUUCCAGCUCGGGCCUACCAUCGAAUAAAUCCUUGGGUAUAUACAGGGCCAUGUUCUCGCCUGCUGAGCAAGAGGACUCCGCCCAUCUGGUUGACACUAUUCGCCGCAAGCAAUUGGCUCCAAUCAAACCACGUGCCAAUAACAAAGCGCAAGAUCCAGCCGCCUCGGGGCCUCACAUUUUCAUGUGUAUGAUUGGAGGUGGCCAUUUCGCUGCUAUGUUGGUCUCGUUGGCACCAGAGAUCCAUCGAAAGCAAGGUGGUGUUGAAGACAGGCAAGCUCGCGUGAUUGCGCAUAAAUCCAUUCACCGAUAUACGACCCGUCGGAAGCAAGGUGGAUCGCAGUCUGCCAGUGAUGCCUCACGAGGAGCCGCUCACUCCGCAGGUUCAAGUCUGCGUCGCUACAACGAGGCAAUGCUGGAAAAAGAGAUUAGAGAUACUUUGACGGAGUGGCGCGAGAUGAUUGACAGUUCUGAGCUGUUGUUCGUUCGAGCUACAGGAAAGACAAACCGGAAAAUCCUCUUCGAUAAUUACGAUGGGCAGGUUUUGAAGAACAAGGAUCCUAGGAUCCGAGGCUUCCCCAUCAAUACCCGCCGCGCAACCCAAGGAGAGCUGCUAAGAUGCUUCAAAGAGUUGACGCGCGUCAAAGUCAGCGAGGUAGAUGAGGCCGCGCUGGCUGCAGCCGAAACCAAGCGCAAAGAGGACGAGGCCAAAGCCUCAGCCCCAGCGCCGAAACCACAACCACAGAAGCCUAAGCUCUCAAAGGAAGACGAAGCUGCCCUACUACAUACCAGCCAACUGCAAGCCCUCAUCCGCCGCUCCAAGGUCCCUGCCUUGAUGUCCUACAUCUCGAACAACUCCAUCCCACCCACAUUCUUGUUCACACCCACCGACUCACCCCAAAAUUUCCGUUGCCCUACACCUCUCCACCUAGCCGCAAACCUCAACGCCCCCGCUGUGGUCACGGCUCUUCUCACAAAGGCCGACGCCGACCCAACAUCCCUCAACAACGAAGGCAGAACCCCCUUCGAACUGUCAGGCGACCGGCCGACCCGCGACGCCUUCCGCGUUGCGCGCCAUACCCUCGGCGAGGCUAAAUGGGAUUGGGAAACUGCCAAAGUCCCAUCAGCAGUCUCCAAGGCCGAUGCCGACAGUCGUGCCGAGAAAGAACGCAAGGCUGCCAAUGAAGAGGAAUCGAGUCGCCGCCAGGCCGACCUGGAUCGAUUGAAGCAAGAGGAGGCGGAGAAGGCGGCACGUUCAAAGACAACGAAGACUGGCGGGAGGACGGUGGGCGCCGUUGAGAAGUCUGGUGCCGAGAAGCGUGAAGAGGAGACUCGUGGUAUGACACCUGAGAUGAGGAUGCGAUUGGAGAGAGAGCGCCGAGCGAGGGCUGCUGAGGAGAGGUUCAAGAAAAUGCAAGGGAAGUGA